GAAAUAUUGUAAACAUUGACUGUAAAUACAAUUUUACGUAUGUCACGAGAUAGAUUUACGGAUUUUUCACAGUAAUGUGACAACGAUGUGGGUUAAACCUCAAGAAGUUGCUUUUGCAAGAACACUAUGGGUUGUUGAACAUGCAAAUCCUUUCUUCAUUCUUCAGCAGAGGAAAGGAUAUGGUACAAAAGGUUUAGCAUCCCUUUUUGUGGGUACAUUUGAUAGUGUGUUUGAUUCAAAGCCCCUCCCUUUUCGAAUUAUCCUUCAUUCUUCCUCUUCUGAGAAGAAUCCUCUUAUUGUAGCCAGUGCUUUUACUAAGAAUGAGAUAACAGACCAUUGGGAGUGGUUAGAAAAGAAUGUUGUUCCAACUUUGAGUGCUUUUGAUAACACUGAUGAAAUGAGAAAUUUUGUUGCCUGUAAAAUUGAAAGUUUGGUUGCUCAGAGAUCUUUCGACAGUACUCAAGACCCAGAUAGUAUGCAGUACAAAAUAACAUCUUUGAAAUUCUCUCGCCUUUUUAAUAUGCCAAAAGAAGAGAAGUUAGUCAAUUACUAUUCUUGUUGUUUUUGGAAGAAAAAUUUGCCUUAUCAAGGAUGGUUAUACCUCAGUGUAAAUCACAUGUGCUUUUACUCUCAGAUAUUUAAAAAAGAAUUCAAGUUGAUCAUCAGAUGGGUUGAAGUUACACAAAUUGAGAAGAAUGAUUCCUUAGUUUUUCCUGACAGUAUUAGUGUACAUACUCGAACCAAAAAGUUCCAUUUCUCCAUGUUGUUGAAGUUGGAAGAAACCUUUACGCUUAUGCAACAACUUGCUAAUCUUGCCAUGAAAAAAUUGAUUUCAGAAGAAAGUUUUGAAGCUGAUACAGAUCUUGUGAAUAAAUUAAGCAAGAAUGUGCCAAAAAAGCCGUCUUAUUUAAAGCGAGAUCUAGAUGCUCGUGCUCAUAGUGAAGCCUAUAGAUCUACAUUUAGAUUGCCCUUAGAUGAAAAAUUGGAUGGCAGCACAGAAUGUUCAUUGUGGACGCCUUAUAACAAACAGUAUGUUUGGGGCAGAAUGUUUUUAUCUAGUAGCUAUAUCUGUUUUGAAAGUGAAGUCAGACUUUUAGUUUCAUUAGUGAUUCCUAUGCGUGAAAUGUCUAUUGUUGAAAAAGGAACUCUUAAAAAUGCUUUACUUAUAACUACCAGAGACAAGAAAAAUUUUAUUUUUGCUGACCUUGAAGAUUUGGAAUUUGUUGUGCAAAAGGUGUCUGAACUUCUAGCUAAGGUCCCUGAUAUAAAAUCUCAUAUUUAUGAAACCAAGAAUGGAGAUAGUAUGAAUUCAAGCUGUAGUAACUCAAAAAAAGAAAAAGCUUGGACUAUUCAACCACCUUUGUAUACUCUGUUUGAACCUGAAAAACUUAUUUCAACUCCUGCUGAAAAAACUAAAGUUGAUUUGUGGAAUAAUCAUUUUGCUGAAUAUGGAAGAGGUGUUUUGGCAUACCGAACUUGCAAAGACCGAGAGUUAGUACUGAAAGGGCUUCCUAUUAAGUUGCGAAAUGAAUUGUGGAUGCUUUAUUCAGGGGCUGUAAAUGAGUUGAUUGUGUAUCCUGGAUACUAUGAAUGGCUGGUGGAACAGAGUAGAGGGAAGUCUAGCAUUGCAGCUGAAGAGAUUGAAAGAGACUUACAUCGGUCCCUUCCAGAACAUCCGGCUUUUCAGUCCGACCUUGGAAUUGAUGCACUUAGGCGAGUUUUAACAGCAUAUGCAUGGAGGAAUCCCAGUAUUGGAUACUGUCAAGCUAUGAACAUUGUUACUUCUGUUCUUCUAAUCUAUGCAUCAGAGGAAGAAGCGUUUUGGUUAUUAGUGGCUAUUUGUGAGAGAUUGCUACCUGAUUAUUUCAAUACUAAAGUUGUUGGUGCCCUUAUUGAUCAAGGUGUUUUAGAGCAUUUAACCAGUGAACAUCUUCCUGAUGUUCAUGCGAAGUUAGUACCAUUUGGUGUCUUAUCUAUGAUCUCUUUAUCAUGGUUUCUGACAAUAUUUUUAAGUGUGAUACCUUUUAAUUCUGCUGUUAAUAUUGUCGAUUGUUUCUUCUACGAUGGUGCUAAGGUUGUCUUUCAAAUUGCAUUGAAAGUUUUAGAAGCAAACAGAUUUGAAUUAUUGGCAGCAAAUGAUGAUGGAGAAGCAAUGACAGUUUUAAGUGAUUAUUUAAGUAGUGUGGUUUGCCGCAAUGAGGAUUCUUCUUUUAUCAGUUAUCAAAACUUUGUUCCUGAAUAUGAGAAAAGGAGAAUCCAUGUGUCAAAGCUAAUAAAGGAUGCUUACGCUCAAUAUGGUUUUAUAACUAAUAGUACAAUUGAACAAUUACGCAUGAAGCAGAGGCUGCGUGUUGUUCAGGAACUGGAGGAUACAAAUCGCAAAAACAUAGUGAGAAGUGUAUUUUAUGAUGAUUUAGUCAAAGCUGUUUUUUCUCAGCAAGAAGUAGAUGAUGUUUACACUUUUAUAAAGGAAGAGCAGCUUCAGCAAAGGUAUUGGAGUCCUACAGUUAUUUGUAAUGGGAAUGAAAAGUAUGAUCCGUCGGUUCCAUUUUAUGAACAGUGCCUGAUAGAUUAUGAUGUUUUUAGAAUAUUUUUUAACCUCCUGCCACCUUGGGGACGAGGAGAAAAUGCUAAAGUUCUUUGUGCUCGCAUCUUUCAGCUAAUUGAUGACAACCAAGACAAUAUGCUGAGCUUUUUAGAAUUUCUACAGUUUCUUGCCAUAGUUUGUCGUAGUGAUGUUGAAAUGAAACUAAAAAUGUUUUACUUGAGUCAUUUAAUUAGUUCACCUGAUGUAAAAAGUGAAACUACUUCACUUUCUGGUGAACCAGAAGAAGCUGCUGAAGCUGAAGAAUUCUUCAGUAGUAUUGAAAGCAAUGCUACAACUAGUGAAGUGGAUUCUGUACAGUCAUCUUUUGAACAUCCAUCUUACUCAAAUUCAGUGAUUGAAGUUUACAGUGCUAAAGAGCUUAAAAAAUUCUUGUUUAGCACAGAUCUAACCUUGCCAAAAAUGUGUCAAGAAAAAUUUAUUGAUCUGUGGAAGUCCAUGUAUGAUAUGUUUGUAAUGCAUACAGAAGAACAGAGAAUAUAUCAUUGCAUAGCAACUUUUGGUACUUUAUUACUACAAAUUGGAGAACUUGGUGCUGUUGUACAAACCCUCGAAGAAAUGGAACUUUAUGACGACAAUCAUAGUACCAGAACUCAAAGUCUUCCGGUGGAAUUGUCCUCCAAGUCGGAAGUACCGGAAAUGGCUUCACCUGAUAGUGAAUCUGACAAUAGCCAAAGCAUGUCCAUCCCAGUUCGCUCUAAGUCAGUCAUCGACAAAGCCGCAAACUCUGAAUCUGCUGAUGAUCAGGCACAGAAAGAAUGGGCCAUUACAUUCGAGCAGUUUCAGGGAACUUUGUACACACAACAAUUUCUAAUUUCUCAGUUUGAUUAUAGAAUAAAUCUCUCGCAAGAAAUCGAUAGCUAUCGCAAGCAAUGUUUUGAAAAAGUGACAACUUCCUAAGGCACUUUUUAUGAAGUCACCAGAAAAAAAAAUAUGCUAGUCUUUUUGUUUUAUCGUGUUUUAUUUUUUCUUCUUUUUUUUAAAUAUUAGUGUUGUCUAACAUUGAAGUUUUUAAAUAUAAGUCCAUCUUUAUCGUCACGUCCUUGAACUUUUAUCUGUUUUGUGUGAGUGAUGAAAAACAAUAUAAUUAAAUAAAGAUAGUAGAGCUCAGGAAAUAGGUUAUAUUUGUUUAACUCUUAAAUUUCUUAAAAUCUUGUGGAAAUAUAUGAACAUUAAAAAGUAUUCAAAAGUAACAUAGUCUUUUACCAUCAAAUAAUGUUAAUGUAGAUGUUGAGAUGAUAUUAUAUAAAAAUUAGAAAUUACAAAUGUGUAGUCAUCCACUGUGAAAAAAUAAUUUAUGUGUGUUAUGUAGUGGUUAAUUGCAACAAAAAUUAUAAAUUUUAAACAAAAAUCAUAAAUUUUAAACAAAAAUUACAUGCCAUGAAAACAUAUAUAAUAAUGAUGAUGAAAUUUUGAUAUGAAAAAUAAAAUUAAAAAACAAUCCUUUGGGUGAUUCCAAAUUGAUGCUAUUCAUUGAUUGCUAUUUCAUAAUGAAUGUUCAUUAUAAAUAUUUCAUAUCUAUAAAUAUUUUCUUGGCUGAGCUUAUAAAUUCUAGUCUGCAAUGUUAUUUUUUAUUUAAAAUUACUGAUUGUUCUUUUACUAUGGGUGACUACACAGUUUUUAUUUUAAUAAAGAUAAAACACCCAAAGAAAUCUAUUAUUUUAAAUAAAGUGCAAGCAAGAUUACAUGAAACAAAUUUUGUCAUAGUAAAUGUAAAUGAUGUAGUGAUGAAUAAUAUAAUUAAGUAAAGCAUAUUAAAACCAUUGUACAAUAACAUUUCACUUUUGAAAUUCAAUAACUUUUUUAUGGUAAAUAAUUUCCUCCCAAAUUUUUGAAGUCAAUUUUGUGACUUAUACUUUCCUGCCAUUCAUAUAUUAAAUUUGCUAUGUAUCUGUAAUAAUUGCUUGGUAGUUUUAUUAGCAGUAUUUUUCCAGGGGUUCUUUAACCUAUGGCAUUUGUACCAUUAAUGGUACAUUACAUUAUUUUUGGGGUUACAGUUUUAAAAUACAUAAAAAUAUUCUGAAGAAUUUAAAAUGAUAAUCCAUUUUGCAUUUUGUUUUAAUAUUUAUUUUCCAAUAAAUAUACAUUUUUUUUUUCUUUUUCUGGUGCUUACAUUCUCCAUAUGAUAAAAUAUGGUGCUUGAUAAGUUUUCAGUUUAAGAAAUAUAUCAAUUUUUAUAUAUUUCACUUGACAUAAAUCUCAUGAUUAUUCAAUAAUGAUAACUUAUGGAAUUUUUAAUUAAAAUGAAUUAAAUACUAUUUUAUUUUUAUCAAAGAAAUAAAAAUUUUAAUACCUUUCUACACAUUAUAUCUUUAUGAAACUUGAUUUUCAGC